GCUGUCUUGGAUAUGCACUGAUUUUUUUCAAAAAUUUCUUUUUAGCUAAAGGAGGAAGCAAAAAGGCGUUGGAGGAAGCAGCAACAGCAGACUUGGAAAUAACAGAAAUAAACAAGUUAACAGCAGAAGUUAUUCAGACUCCUUUAAAAAUCAUCAAGAAAGUGGAAAAAUCUAAACAGGAUAUUGAAGCUAUUGAAGAAGAAGCAGAGCCCCCUUUGCUUCCUGUAGCAAAGAAAGCAAAGCAUGAUAGCCAGUGUCUUCCAGAGCUAGAAGCUGAAAGCAUUCAUCCAAGAACUGCAAAGGUGAAGACAUCCUCUAAAAAAGUGCCAGUGUCCAGGAGCAGAAGACCUCCUUCAGCAAGAGUGAAGCGUAUGAGUAAAAGAUCAAGCAAAAACAACUUUAUCACUCCAGCGACUGGUAGACCUGUUGACCUCUGUGCUCGGGGAGGUACCUCCAUGGUCACACCUAAAUUCGAUUCCAGGAUUUUCAAGACGCCGGGUUUGCGCACACCCGCAGUAAAUGAACGUGUUUACACCAUCUCUGCCAACGGCAGCCCCCUGGCUGACAGCAACGAUAUCUUCAUCACGGUCCCUGUUGGAGGAGGGGAGAGCAUUCGUUUAACAGCAAGUGAUUUGACCAAGAAGAAUCUUCUUGAUCUGAAUCCAGAGGCCCAAGGAAUUAUGAAGAAGCUAUCAGUUCGUCUUGCACAAGCUUGCAGCGCUGCAAAAACCCAGAGAUGA